AUGAGUGGAAGUCCAACACCUGAAGCUAGUGAAAAAAGCAAAAGUGCUACUGAUCAAUUAUCAGAAAAUGUUGCUGAAUUAUAUUUGGAGUCUUUCUCAUUUACAACAGCUGCCGCAAUUAUAGGUUAUGUUGAUAGAAAAGUUUGCGUUACAUUGACUGAUGGUCGUCAUUUAUUCGGUGUUUUGAGAACAUUUGAUCAAUAUGGUAAAAUAUAUUUAUCAGAUAAUAGAUAUGGUGAAGAAUAUGUUGGUGUAUUAUUAAUUCGUGGUGAAAAUAUUGUUAUAAUAGGUGAUGUUGAUAUUGAUAAAGAAGAUGAACCAUUAUCAAGAUUAACAAGAAUACCAUUUCCAGAUGCUAAACAAUUACAAAAACAAUCACAAGAUCAAGCACUUGUAGAUGGUAAGAAGAAGACAAAAAAAUUGCAUAAACAAGGGUUAGUUAAUGAUCAUGUAUCUGUAUUUUAA